AUGACGGAUAUUUCGGAAAAACUCUCAGAAAUAGAGAGGAAUAUUCAGGAGGGCGAAACAAUGCUAACUGUGCUUCGUAGACUUCCUGAGUCUGAAGAGACCAAUGAUCAAAUUAAACGUUUUCAGGAUUUAGUGCGUCAACUUGAAGAAUACAAAGAAAGGUACAAAGCACUUCAGACUUCCCCUCUCAAUGACUUUGAACCGCAACUGGAAGCUCUUCGUGACAAACAUGAGAGAAUUAAAAUGCUCCUGGAACAGUCAGCUAUUGGGGAGUUGAAGCCGUUAUCACCAUCUGUGAAUUUGAAACCAUCGCGCGGAGAUCACGAGUCUUCCUCAUCUCUACACCUCUCGGUCGAUUCUUCACUAUCUCGUAAGGCUAUCAGUGUUGAUGCGUCCGUAGGUGGUGAGCAGCUAGCUGAUAGCUAUAGUGUUGAGCCAUCGCAAUGGCGCCUCCAUUAUGAGACUCAAAUGCGCCAGCUUUCGUCCAUGUUAUCUCAAAUCGCUCGUUUUCAGGAGAUGGUUGGUCGCCUUUCAAAUCUGGUUAUUGGUCUGGAUAUGACUGAGGCGGUAAAUCUUUUGAGCGAUGUUGGUCAGCGCUUCACGGAUGUUCACUUGAGACUUCUUUCAUUACAAUCGACUUACGAAGUAAGACUCUCAGACUCAGCUUCUAACCUCCUCCUAGCCUAUGUUAAACUUUUUCGCUACGAUCCGUAUAAGCUAGAGUUUGUCCUCUAUAAUAGUAAUGAUCCCUCCAACGAUUUCAAAGCCAAUCAACUCAAAGAUUUGCGAGGUUUCCUAAUAAGCUUAGGAAGGAGCCUGGAGGUGACUAAGGAGUGUUUCUUUACUGUCGCAAGCAUCGUCAGGAAGACUCUUCAUGAACCAAGCGUGCUUGGGAACUGGGACUAUGCUUUCGAGAUUUACGUAAGAUCUGUUGUUGUUCAAAAUGACUUCCAGGCUGAUGGCGCAUCCGCUGAUCAAACUGCUGUUGGGUUAAAUAAUCCAGUGCCACCUACACUAAGCCCAGAACCUAGUGAAUCCAGGACUUUCUCUGAGGUCUCACAAGCGGCUGAAGUUAUGCUCAAUGAAGAGGAACCAGACUAUUCAAAGAAACAGAAGUGUAUGGAGCUUACAAUAGCACAGUUGUGCAAGCAACGCGAAGCGCUUCUCAAUCAAUUGGCUGAAGCUCGUGCAAAAGCUAACGGUAGCACGUCAUCACCAAAGAACGAGUGUGGAAACACUUCAGAACCUAUUUCAAGUGCUUCAUUCUCCAACUUCGAUCGUGCUAGUAAAAAGGAUGCUUCAGCGCUGCAAGUCGCCUGGUUGUCUGACAAUGACACCGCGGUGGGUGAUCCUCUCCCGAUCCUGAAACGUCUACAGGCUCGAAAAGAACACCUUGAAGAGCUAAGAGGUGAACUUCGCUCCUUCUCUUUUCCUAACGGGGAUGAAGCGUCAUCUGGAAUGGUUACUUCAACUGCUUCCGAAGUUAGCACACAACUCUCUCUGUCUUCCAAUGCACCUCUAUCCUCAGGUGCUGCAGUUAAGGUGACACCGCCGCGCCUGCAUAAGUCGCCUCAAGCCACCGUCGCAACUUCGUCUACUGGCGUUGUCACAUCUAACCUCUCCAGUGCUGAAGCCUCUAUGCAGACCUCUUUCCCUCCGUCUGAUCCGCCAACUCCUCGUCGCAGUACCCAGAACAUCCCCUCUGUCGUCAAUAAUGAUAGUGAUGAGCCAGAGGCGACCUAUCUAGAUAACACAGAGCGCCUGUACAAGAGUAUGCGGGAGGCACGUAUCUGGCGUGAAGAGCAUCGACAAGCGCCGAUCGACUCGGCGGCCGGAGAUACGGAAGGAGACAAGACAGGUACCAACGGAAGACUAAAAAAUGGUGCACUCUCCGAGUCCACCAGUUGUAUGGACGCCACAGCAAUGGCCACUUGGGGCGGUGAUUCUGAUCGCGAGGGCAACGACAUAGAAGACGAUAUGGUGGUUGGUGGUGAAUGCGUCGAUGUUUCUGGUAUAGUUAGCUCCAGGAGCAGUCGGGCAAAUCGACAUUUUAUUGCCACUGGCAUGUGUUCAGCCAAUGACGGUGGUGGUAGUUCCACGCGUGCUUGUCUCGGAGUGCGCGCUGACCAACAAGAGUCCGGCGUGGGUCUCAGUCUGCCGCAUCUAGGUCACAGUCCCUCCCCUCACCCAGGGGGGUCGAGGACAGUCACAACAUUAGGGCUACAACAACAGCGUCAAUCUGCCCGCCCUUUUCAGUCAAAUCACCGAGAGAUGGAGGAGUCUUCCUUCGAGGAGUAUGCUCUCACAAAACCUCUCGCUGCAAAAAUAGCAAAUCUCGAGUUCAAAGUUGAGCAACUGACACAGACUUGUCGACUACUGGUUUCGGAAAAUGCUCGCCUCAGUUCGGCUCUCUCUAUGCUCUUUGCUAGUCAGCGUCUACCUUCCAUCGCCGAUGCUGCCACUUCAGAUUGGCCGGUCUCUUCGCAUAGCAGGACAGCUUUCGUCAGCUCACAACAAUCCUUUCUCCCCAUUUCUACCGGUGUUCUCUUCUCACCUGCACCAUCUUUUCGACCAUCAGAAAGUGUUAGUGGGCUCUCUUCUGCCCAGCCUCUAGUGCCAGCUCCUCUUACGCCCACUCUGCAUGCUAAAUCUUCACCAUCCCUUGAGAAAGCCUUGGACCAAAUGUUGACAGCUCAGGUGAUUGAGCAGCACUCACGUAUGAAUCAACUUCAAAAUGAUCUGCACGUUGCCCUCCAACAGCAGCAGCAACAGCAAUUUGCUGCUGAUGGCGAAGUCGUCAGCACAAGCCAACACCUGACCUCUGCCUCAGGAAUGCGAGUCUACCCGAUCUCCACGCAACCGACCUCGAUUCAGUGUACGCGUCGGGACUCCUAUCAGUCACGAGCGACUGGCUUCUCCCCAAUGAUGGCGUCACAAGUUGAUGCUGAUCCACAGUCGCGCCAACCCUCCUCCGCUCUUCCCUCCACCAAAUAUGACUGGUCGAUCCUUCAUCCGAAAUCUUAA